CUUUCCCGUGCCGCGCGCAGCCCCAACCGCCGCCGCCUUCUCCAUACGGGCGCGAGGCCGCCUCGCCGCAGAGCUUUGCCCUUCCCGUCCUGCCCUCCGACGCUAAGCUAAGCACCACCAACCCUUUUUCCUUCGGUUCGCCCACCGCGGUCCUCUGAUGGGCGAGCGGCUCGCCGGCGCCGAGAAAGAGGUGCUCGUUGAGAUUGUGAGGUUCACCCAGAAGAACGGGCUGAAAGGAGCCGAGGGGGGAUGGAAGGAUUUCUUGGGUCGGAACGACAAGAAGUUCGGCGUCUCCGUUAGCGACCCCAAGAAGCGAACCAAGGAUGUGCUGCUCGCUUUCCUUCUAACCUUCUCCAAAGAUUUCCAGAAGUACUUCAGAAAAUUGGUAAGGCGUCACACGGAACGAAGAGCUAUAGAGCAGUACAUGAAUGAUUUUUCUGGAAAGGUUUCUCCUGAGCAGAAGCUUGUUCAAUUGACAACAGAACACAUUGAGUACAGGAAAAAUUACUACUUCCCAUCUUACCAAGAGGGAUGGAAAAUAAUGCGGAUUGGAAAAGUCUCUAAUAGUAUGAACUCGGGAGCCAUGUUGGCAAUUGAUUGCGAGAUGGUCCUUUGCCAUGAUGGUACAGAAGCCGUUGUUCGAGUGUGUGUUGUAGACAACAAACUGGAGGUGAAGUUGGAUACACUUGUGAAUCCCUGUAAAGCUAUUGCAGACUAUAGGACACACAUCACUGCUGUGUCUAAGAAGGAUUUAGAAGGUGUCACGUGCUCACUAGUUGAUGUUCAGAAAUCACUGAAGAAAAUCUUGGCCAAAGGAAAGAUUUUGGUUGGCCAUAGCUUAUAUAGAGAUUUACAUGCUCUGAAAUUUGAUUACAGUCGAGUCGUUGAUACAGCAUAUAUCUUCAAGUAUGCGAAUUUGCCUACUACCGCAUCAGCUUCUUUAAACAGCCUUUGCAAGUCUGUUUGUGGGUAUUCUGUUCGAGAGGAAGGAGAACCACAUAAUUGCUUGAAGGAUGCAGAAGCUGCGAUGAAUCUAGUUAUUGCAAAGCUUAAGAGUGGAUUUGAUGAUCCCAUUGAAAUUGCAGAGAAUUGUGUACCUGAAUCUGAUCAGUUGAAGUUGCUUGCUCACAGAAUUCCAGUCUAUCUGCCUUGUAAAGAGCUGCUUAAAAUUUUCUCUGGGAAUCCCAGCAUUGAGGAGAAGAUUGAAUCAAGGAUUCGAGGCAAUUUUUAUUCUACGUGUAUUUUGUUCAAGGACAUAGGUGAGGCAGACAAAGCAUUCGAAGAACUAGAUGGCCAAGAGACUAAGGACUCGAGUGGGCGACUUCAAAAAUCUGUGCUGCUGAAGCGUGACAAUGGAGAUGUUGUGAGCUUCUUUGUCCGGAAGAUGGUAUAUGGUUCCCGGAUCACCAACUCCGAAAUUUCGAAGAAGAGGCCACAGCCUAUUGAGAACGAGGAUCCAAAGAAAGAAGAUGCUAAUGGAGAUAAGCAAAAAAAGCAAAGAACUAGCAAGAAGCGUGUGAAGAAAGCAAAGACACCAGUGGUUGAGUGAAGAACGUUGGGGAAAGAGGCUGACUGCUAAAGGCCAUUCUGUUACAAAUGGAUGCAGGGAGGAGGUGCUGCUGGAGAAAGAUUCUGAGAUUAGAGAAGUGUGAAGCACCCGACAUGUCGGUAUAGUUUGAUCGUGACUCGGCGAAACAAUUUUGCCUUGGCGAAUGCUGUGUUUCUAACUUCUAUACGAGAAUAGUGUAUCGCUGCCUCUACUGAUCUCCGAGCUCUUAAAUGCUGUGCUUGAUGAUCGGCAUGUAGGUGCUUGACUGCCAAUUGCUAACCAUGAAUCAUGAAAAUUGUGUUCUAAUUGAGUGGUUUGCUAUCUAGCGGUGUUACUUCUGUACUUUUGAGCUGAAAGUGGUAUGGAUUUUAGGAAGCCCUUGUUGUGGGAGUUAAUUUUUU